AUGACCGCGAUACCCAUUUCCUUCCUUAUCAUCUCAUCUUUCUUCUACAUUAUUUUAUUUGUGUCGGCUUCUCCUACCUUAGAUAAUGAUAAGAUCGGAGCACGAAGCUCACUACCUAUUCUCAACCUCCCGUACGGGUCGUAUAGAGCAGCUAGAUACGGCGGCGUGAAUGAUAUAUAUACGUUCAAAAAUAUCCGAUAUGCGGCGCCACCAGUUGGUGAUCUGCGAUGGGCCAAGCCGGCGCCUCUGUUGAACCAGUCCGGCAUCCAAGACGGGAGCAUCGGCCACUCAUGUGUACAAGCGGCUCCAAACGGACGCAACCUACUCGGUACUGGCAACCAGUCUCCAAUCGGCGGGGCGAUCAACCAGUUUCUUGUGGGUAUCCCACUUCCCGUAUUCUCAGGCGGCAGCGAAGACUGUCUGUUUUUAGACAUUUGGUAUAUUCCUGGAAAGGCUUUGGGGGCAUCCUCUGGGAAGUUACCUGUUGUGGUCUUCGUAUAUGGUGGCGCGUAUGUCUUUGGCAGUAAAGACUCACUGCAACCAGAGCUGCCGUUCUAUGAUGGGACUGGUCUGAUAUCACAAUCCGGCAACAACAUGAUCUUUGUGGCAAUGAAUUAUCGAGUAGGGGCUUUCGGCUUCCUCGCUGGAAUUACUAUGGAGAACGAAGGUACCCCAAAUGCUGGAGCAGCUUUUCAAUGGGUUAGGGAUUACAUUUCCUUAGUAGGCGGAGACCCGGCACGAGUGACAGCCAUGGGACAAUCCGCUGGAGGCGGAAGUAUCAUACAUCACAUUAUCGGACAGGGUGGAAAGCUUGUCCCUUUAUUCUCCAAGGCUAUAUUGCUUUCUCCGGCUUUCGAGUAUAUGUGGGAUCGCGCUGGUGUGGUUCAAAAUACAUUUGAGGCAUUUGCAAGAAUGGCUGGCUGUGCCGGUCAAGGCGUUUCGUGCUUGAGGCGCGCUGACGCAUCUGCUCUUGCUAAUGCGAACACGCAGUUGAUGAAGCAGCAGUAUUCAGGCACCUUCGCAGUCGGCCCAACGCCUGAUGGAUCAUACAUACGACAGCUUCCCGUACUGGAGUUAAGCACUGGCAAUUUCUGGAACAUGGAGUCACUCAUCUUGUCGCAUACUACUUCCGAGUCGAAUGUAUUUGUUAAUGGCCUUGUACAGACGGAUAGCGGGUUUAAAUCGAUUGUGGACGCCAUAUUUCCAAACUACACACAGGCUGCCGGAAUCACGGAUAAGAUUGGUGCUUUCUACGCGGUCUCUGGAGAAUCAAAAUAUAGGUCGCAGACGGACCGAGUGCAGGCCCUCCUUCGCGAUAGCAGCUUUACAUGUAAUAUCCGGCACCUUACCGAAGGCUUUGGCGACUCCAAGGUCUGGAACAUACAGUACGGGGUAUCGCCUGGGUGGCACGGAACGGACCUUUUCCCCAUCUUCAGCGCUAAGCUCGGAGGCAAGAGCUGGCUUGAGAAUCUGGCGGCGUUGAUGACACCGGGUAUUGGAUCGCUCGUUUCCGGCAUCAGCGUGGCGUUGCAAAGCUACCUUACGAACUACAUCCUCACUGGUGAUCCUAACACCAAUCGCAAGAUAUUCAACCUGCCGCCGACGGUACGAUGGAACCAUCCAAAUAGUCAGGCGGAGCAGAUCUCAGGCGUGGUUAGCCUCGGUGAUUGGGGGUUUAGCACGGUACGAGAUACCCAAGACGAGAAGACGGCGUGUGAUUUCUGGAGGAAUAUAGCCGCAGCCGUGACUAGCUUAGGUGGAUAUUCGCCGCCUGGUGUAGUGGUAUAG